CAGCCUAGGAGGUUCCUUCAGAGUGAGCUACUUCUCAGGCCAGGCACGACAGCAGUGCUAGUGAAUUUGAAACAGCAGGAAACAGCCCCUGCAUGCAGAGCUUCCCGCCUGAGCACUCCCCAGGCGAGUCCUCUGAGCAGCUGUGUAGCCAGAGACCCUUGGUAUUGUGGUCACAUCCCUCCAAGUGGACGGUCACCCUCGUGGUGUUUGGAGGAAGCUGGGAUGCUGCAGAUGCUGUGGCAGUUUCUGUCUAGCUUUUUUUCUAGGGCUGGGUGCCAGGAGUCCAGAGAGGGCACCGAUCGGGAAGCCAGAGGCACCCAGGCUCCUGCUCGGGGCGACCAGAUGGCAAGCUUUUUUGGGAAACAAGACGGAAGGGCUGAGGCCACGGAAAAGAGACCCACCAUUUUGCUGGUGGUUGGACCUGCAGAGCAGUUUCCUAAGAAAAUUGUGCAAGCUGGUGACAAAGACCUGGAUGGACAGCUGGACUUUGAGGAGUUCGUCCAUUACCUCCAAGACCAUGAGAAGAAGCUAAGGCUGGUGUUCAAGAGUUUGGACAAGAAGAACGAUGGACGAAUCGAUGCACAGGAGAUCAUGCAGUCCCUCAGGGACCUGGGAGUCAAGAUCUCUGAACAGCAGGCAGAAAAGAUUCUUAAGAGAAUACGCACGGGCCAUUUCUGGGGCCCUGUCACCUACAUGGAUAAAAACGGCACGAUGACCAUCGACUGGAACGAGUGGCGGGACUACCACCUCCUGCACCCCGUGGAGAACAUCCCCGAGAUCAUCCUGUACUGGAAGCACUCCACGAUCUUUGAUGUGGGUGAGAAUCUGACGGUUCCCGAUGAGUUCACCGUGGAGGAGAGGCAGACUGGGAUGUGGUGGAGGCACCUGGUGGCAGGAGGCGGGGCGGGGGCUGUUUCCAGAACCUGCACAGCCCCCCUGGACAGACUCAAGGUGCUCAUGCAGGUCCACGCCUCCCGCAGCAACAACAUGUGCAUCGUGGGUGGAUUCUCGCAGAUGAUCCGAGAGGGAGGGGCCAAGUCACUCUGGCGGGGCAACGGCAUCAAUGUCCUCAAAAUUGCCCCUGAGUCGGCUAUCAAAUUCAUGGCGUACGAGCAGAUCAAGCGACUUGUUGGUAGUGACCAGGAAACGCUGAGAAUCCACGAGCGGCUUGUGGCGGGUUCCUUGGCGGGCGCCAUCGCCCAGAGCAGCAUCUACCCGAUGGAGGUUCUGAAGACCCGGAUGGCCCUGAGGAAGACGGGCCAGUACUCGGGCAUGCUGGACUGUGCCAGGAGGAUCCUGGCCAGAGAGGGAGUCGCUGCCUUCUACAAAGGCUACGUCCCCAACAUGCUGGGGAUCAUCCCCUAUGCAGGCAUCGACCUGGCUGUCUAUGAGACGCUUAAGAACGCCUGGCUGCAGCGCUACGCAGUGAGCAGCGCAGACCCCGGCGUGUUUGUGCUCCUGGCCUGUGGCACCAUAUCCAGCACCUGUGGCCAGCUGGCCAGCUACCCGCUGGCCCUGGUUAGGACUCGGAUGCAGGCCCAAGCCUCCAUGGAGGGCGCGCCCGAGGUGACCAUGAGCAGCCUCUUCAGACAGAUCCUGAGGACCGAGGGGGCCUUUGGGCUGUAUCGGGGACUGGCCCCCAACUUUAUGAAGGUGAUUCCAGCCGUGAGCAUCAGCUACGUGGUGUACGAGAACCUCAAGAUCACUCUGGGUGUGCAGUCACGGUGACCGGAGGGCGGCGGACUCGCGGACCCAGGCUGCAGCCAGGGUGUCCAGCCAUCUCAUUCUGUGAAUGUGCCGACAACACUAAGCUGACUUGAGCCACGCUGCGAAGCCUGGCUGCACGCAGGGAGGGGCGGGCGGCUGACAGGCCUCAGCUGGUCCUGCUGACCUGCAGACCCUCCUGUCCAUUCCGGGAAGGGCCCCUGGGCUUCCUUAGGGUCCAGGGGUCAGCAGGACUGGGCACAUGCACCUGGGCACAGGACGUGUCCUGCAGCGCCUGCCACGCAGCGAGCUUGGAGACAGCUUUGCUCUUCCAUCUCGUCCCCGCAGCCGGCCCACUGAGCGUCCUGUGCCCACCUUGCUUCCCUCCCCUGAUUUGCUGUGGUAGGAGUAGGGCCAGCAGCCCCCUCCCGGCCACGAGCGGGGACUGCCUGCCUCCGACCUGCUGUGUCAGCACAAGGCUCGGGGCAGGCGAGGUCCUGCUGUGCGCUGGCCUUUCUGAGCUCACCUCAGGGCACCCGCGCGUGCGCUGGGCUUCAGCUGCCGGGCUGGAGUGUGUCUGAGGGAGCGCGUGCUGGGCCUGGGGCCCCAGGGGCUUCUGGGCCUGGGUCUUGUGCUCUGAGCUGGCCCCAGACUGUCUGGACUGGCCCCAGCUCAGAGCCAAGCUCGUCCUCCGCACUCUGUGGCACGAGGGCAGUGCAGCUCGUGUGUUAGGGCCUGUCUGCCCUGCUGAGGGACAGUGCGGAAGGCCGUGGGCCUGUGCUGCUGGGGAAGGGUCUUGGAAAGGCAGGCUGGAGGAGGGGUGCGUGUGGUCCUUGCUCCCCGAGGAAGAUGGGGUGCAGGUGGCUGGGCGGCACUGAGUUCUGCUGACGCCCCUGGGAUUCCCGGCAGUCCCGCUGGGUGAGGUGGGACCAGCUCACAUUCCACUGAAGCGACACAGCACACUGCUUCGAGCCUAUUUAUUUUGUAUUUAUUUGAACAGAGUUAUGUCCUAUUUUUAUAGAUUUGUUUAAUAGCUUGUCAUUUUCAAGUUCAUUUUUUAUUCAUAUUUAUGUUCCUGGUUGAUUGUACCUUUCAUCUCUGCCUGGUGGGGGUGGGGAGAGGAGAAGGGGGCACCGCAGCAGUGACCCUUCCCCGUGCCCACACCAGCGCCUGUCUGUCCAAAGAAGUUCCUCUCAGACGAGGCAGGAAGGCAAGAGGGAGGAGCGGCCUUGGAGAUGCACCCCUUGGUGCGGGCUUGCCCCCCGGAGGCUGAGGCCGGGGCCUGGAGGGGCAGGGUGGGAGUCCCAGUCCCGCCUGGGCGGGGGGAGUCUUUAUUUCACCCUUUUCGAGUGACAGGGUUUGUGAUGAGGGGACAGGGCUGGAGGACAGGGUGGCCGUUUCCCCACCCCAUCCCAAAGUGGGCCCUCCCUCGCAGCCUCGCUGCCCUUGCUUGGGCAUGUGGUCAGCACCUCCAUUCGCCCAGAACUGCCUGGUGAGGACAAUUUAAGUAGGAUGCAAAGAUCAAUGCAAAAAUUGUUAUGUAUAAAUAUAUGUAGUUAUAACUGGAAUUUGUCAAAAAGCAGAUUGAAGAAUUGGAAGUUGUCAUUUAAAACAGCCUUCUAAUAAAGUUUGGAAGCUGCUGGCAGA